GGCAGCAGGCGUGCUCGAAAUGCGAGUGAAGGAAGGGAGCAAGAUCCGAAACCUCUUGGGAUUUGUAAUGGCUCGUAUGCAGAGGGAGGAACAGGAAGUGGAUGGGAGUCAGAUUCAGACGAUGCUGAGUGUGAAAGAGGGAGUGACAGUGGACAGUAUUCAGAUGGGGAAGAGGCAAGGAGAGGGAGUCAUGGACAUUGGCCGGAGUCAGACCCGGACCGGGCUGAGAGUGAGACAGGUGGUUUUCACUGGAUCAGGAAAAGGGAUCACCAAAACCAUAACAUGUGUUGAGAUCCUGAAACGGAAACUGGGAGGACUACACCAGUUAUCCAAGCUCCACUACAAGACUGUGAGUGAGGUGUGGGAGAGUCAGGAGACUGACAUGACACCCGUGUCCAGGAUGACUGUUCAUAAGACUGUUCCUGCUAUCAGUAUCCUGCUCUCCAAACACCCACUGGACCCAAGUGAGCCUGGGUAUCAGCCCCCAGAAACCCAGCAUGAUCCUAGCUACCAACCCCCAGGGUACCAGCCUCCUAGGUAUCAGCCCCCAGAAACCCAGCAUGAUCCUAGCUACCAACCCCCAGGGUACCAGCCUCCUAGGUAUCAGCCCCCAGUGACGCUAUGUGACAGUGUGAAAAUUCCACCUCGACCACAGCUCGAGCUCCGCAAAACACAACUGUUGUCAAUACCACUGACCCAGAAAAGCCAAAGCCCUUUUUGGUUCCAGAGUGCCGGUACCUCUAGGUCUCAGGAGGGCAGUAGAGAUGCACAGAGCUGUACGCCACACCUGUGUGCCGCCUCUGAGAAAGAGAGGAAAACAGCAGGAGGAGAGAUACUCUACAGUCCUUGUUCAUACAUAUUGCCUGGUCCUGAAGCCAAGAGAACCUGUAUGAAGAACCACCUGUUCCCCUCGACUCCCUCAACUUGAAAGAAACUUGAGUUCCAUCUACUCUGUGCUCCUGUUAGACACAACAGAGAAACAGAGGAAAGUGAGGAGACAACUGGAAGAGAUUGCUUUUGAGUAAAAGUUUAGGCUCUAGAAUAUAUUAUAAAAAGUGUAGUGGGUUAAGAACAACUAGUAAACCCCUACUUUUUCGAAUUAUACUUCAGUAGUUUAGGAAAAAUGUCUCAUAAAAUUAUGGUAAAAUGCUAAAUAAAUGUAAUUUAUGUUAUGGUAACGUGCAGCCCUCCCCCCCCGUAAUUUUAGGACCUUGUGCAUGCUCAUGGUUAGGUCUUCAGCUGCUAGCUAACGUCCUUGAAUUCGUCACUAGUUACCACAGCCACAAAGUCAUAAACCUCGCCCAUUUCUACAAUUUCUCUUCUAAAAAUCUGAUUUGAAACCUAACCACACUGCUAGUCUUAUGUCUUAGAUUAAAUUAAUAAAAAUAAAAAAAACAUUUUUUUGUUUUUAAUAUUUUUUACGAUAUAGCCAAUUUCUUUCUUAUUGGCUGUCUUAACUAGUGACAACCACGUUGUUGCGCCAAGUCUCCUUUAGCUGGCUGAGCCCUCAUCAUGUUCAGAGCCGCCGUCCGUCUUUCAGUGUCCGGGGCCCGGAGUCUGACCUGGACACGGCUUGGGUGUACAGGAUAAAUCUGGCCCCCACAAAGACAUCUACCCAUACCUAAUUCAGGAGCUGCGGCCAACACUAGAUGAGCUUGGUAUCUCCACACCUGAAGAGCUUGGCAUGGACAAAUUAUAAAUGGGACUGCUGUUGAUGUCUCUGGGAACCUUGUACUUAGUCUUUGCCUCCUUGUAUAAAUAUGUGUGUGAUAUUUAAUUUGGGCCUUUUGUUUGUAAAAUAUUGAUGAACCUAAUAAAGAAAUAUAUAU